UCUCUCUCUCUCUCUCUCUCUCUCUCUCUCUCUCUCUGUAAAUAUACAUACAAAAAAAGAGCGAGCAAUGGCUGCAAACAAAUUUGCAACAAUGUUGGACAACAACACAAACAACAUCACAUUAAUUCUCAUUUACACCUUACUCGAAUGGAUAUUAAUAAUCCUCCUCCUUGUCAACUCUGUUUUCUCCUAUUUGAUCAUCAAAUUCACUCAAUUCUUCGGUUUAAACCCUCCCUGUUUCGCCUGUGCACGAAUCAAUCGAAUUCAACACCAUCUCUGUGAGCUUCACUCAAAAGAAAUUUCUGAAUUGAAGUUCUGUUCAAAUCAUAAAAAACUAGCCGAAUUUCGUGACAUGUGUGAGAAUUGCUCAUCCUCUGAUCCGGGUCCGAAUAAUUUGAAUAAUCGGAAGUUAGCGGAACCGAGGAAUAUUGUGUUUUCGAAAGUCGAACGGAUUGAUGUGAUGCAGAUUGAUGGAGAAGGUGAAGUGGAUUUGAAGUGUUCUUGUUGUGGAGUGAAUUUCGAGAGGAAAUCUUCUUGUUUUGUGAUUCAUCCUUUAUGGGAUGUUAUGGAUAUUGCCCAGAAGGUGAAUUCGAUCGAUGAUUAUAUUGAGAAAAAGGUUUCGGAUGAUCGAAUUGGAUCAAAUUAUGAAGAAGAAUUUGAAACAGAGGAAACAGAGGAAACAGGGGAAACAGAGGAAAGAGAGGAAACAGGGGAACAUGAAGUUGAAAUUACUAGAGAAUUAAAUUCAAUUGAAGAGAAUUUGAUUCAAUUUGAAAACGGGGAAGAUUUAGAUUCACAGGAUCUUCAGUUUUUUACUGAAUACAGUGGAGAUAAGUUGUUUCCGUUUGAAUUAGCCGAUCAAAAAACAGAGGAACUUUCGAAUAGUAUUGAAGAAGAAGAUCAUGAAUUUGGGGAUUUUCAAGAGGCUAAGAUGAAUUUACAAGAAACUGUUGUUUUUCAUGAGAAUCUGAGUGAUUUGAUUGAUUUUGGUGAUGAAAAAGUUGCCACGAAUGAAGAAACUCAAAUCCGAUUAAUCGACACUGGAGAGGUUCAAGAGGAUGAUUCAGAUAGUCGUCAUCCAGCUCAUGAAGAAGAAGAAGUUGUGUCAAUAGGAACACAUAUUCCGGUUUUGGAUUCAUGUGAUGAGAUCAUACUCGAAGAACCUUCAACAGUUUAUGAUUCUUUGCAUUCAAAUAUUGAAAAUGAUUGUGAAAAGGCUCAAGAAGAAGAAAAUGUAGGGGAUUUGAAGAACUUGAGUGUAAAGAUAGAAGAGAUUGAGGAAGAGAGAGCUCCGGAUACACCGUCGGGUAUGCAUAGUCCGAAUCCAUUUCACAAGAAGUGGUUGAUCCCCAAGGCAGGGGCGGAAGAGUCUUUUGACGGAAGUGUGAUUAGUGAAACGGACAAUGGUGAUCCGGUGAACACGGCCGAGAAGCUCAAAUCGGCUUUAAAAGCCGAGCGGAAAGCGUUACGUGAUUUAUACUUAGAAUUGGAGGAAGAGAGGAAUGCUUCGGCUGUGGCCGCUAAUGAGACUAUGGCUAUGAUAAACCGGCUUCAAGAAGAGAAGGCGGCGAUGCAAAUGGAGGCGUUACAAUAUCAACGAAUGAUGGAAGAACAGUCGGAAUACGAUCAAGAAGCUUUACAACUCUUAAAUGAACUUAUGAUGAAGAAGGAAAAGGAAUUGGAAUCGUAUCGAAAGAAAGUGUUGGAAUACAAGGCGAAAGAGAAGAUGAAAACGUCUUCGGUUUCCGAGGACGACGAAGGGUCAUCAGUCGACUUGUAUCAUGUAACCGAAGAUGCAAAUACCCUUGACGUGGAUCGAAAAAUUCAACAUGCGCAUACACCCAUUGAUUCCGUUUUGGAUUUGGAAUCGACAUUAGCCGACUUCGAGGAAGAGCGGAUUUCGAUUCUUGAGCAAUUGAAGUUCUUAGAAGAGAAGCUUGUGGCAUUGAGUGAUGAAGAGGAUCAACAUUUUGCUAAUGUAAGGGUAAUAGAGGAUCACUAUGAAGAGACCAACGCUAUAGGUUUUAGUUUUAGUGGUCAAGUUAUUGAAUGUACCACAAACAACGGAUUUGUGAGAACCAGAAAACAAGCAAUGGGGAAACAACUUCUCCCUCUUUUUGACGUGGCGGAAGACGAUGUGACGGUUAGAAACGGAUACGAAAAUGGAUUCCAUCCUUCUAAGUUUGAAGACACGGCUGUCAUGAGAUUUGAACUCGAGAAGAAGCGAAUAGAUAUGGAAGAGGAAAUAGAUCAACUCCACGUAAGGCUACAAGCCCUAGAGGCGGAUAGAGAGUUUUUAAAACAUUGCAUCGGAUCGAUGAAAAAAGGCGAUAAAGGGAUGGAAGUACUUCUAGAAAUCUUGCAUCAUUUACGAGACCUUCGAGACGUGAAUCUUCGAGCAAAGAGUUACACCGAGAAUGUCCUCUUAUAAGAUUCAUUACAAAUCUAUAUACGGGUCAAAAAGUGGUGAAUCAUGGAAGAGAAGUCCUUGGAGGCACAUUGUUGUGGGGUUUCCUUUAUUCCAUAUAUGGCCUUGUGCUAUAGCAUGUUUCUUAAAGCAUCAAGGGUUUUUGAGUCAUUUCAUCUCCACUUUUAAAGGGAAAAAGGAGGAGGAUGAUGAUGGUUGCGAGUGAUUAGGAUAGUGAGGUUUAGAAAGAAAGAAGACAAAAAAAAGUUAGGGUGAGAAAAGUUACCAUUUUCACAAUGAUUUAGUUUCAAGUUGAGUAAAGUUAACUUGUUAACUUGUGUAUGUCCGUUAAUACAUGUGUUAUAUGUUGUUUUAUUUUGUAUGUUUUACCUUUUUCUUACAUGUAUUAUAAGAUUGUAUUAUAUAACAUAAUGUUACACACUAUGUUGUAUUAUAUUCUUUUAUAAUAUGAUGGGAUAAAGAUAAGACAUACAAUGGUGGACAACAUAUCCAAGUUGUUUUGAUUGUUGACAGUUAGGUGUAGGAAAAUUUCAAAAUUUUGGAAUUUUUUUUCUUUAAAAUUUGUCUUUGGAGUAGGAAGAAAGGGCAAGGGUCCUAUUCCUUAUAUUUUAUGUGUCCUUUUGUAAGUAUAUAAAGUCUGUUCUUUUGUUUGGAA